AUGGCAGCAAUGAACUUCGAUACCUCACCCGACUCAUCAUCGGAAAUCUCACAAUUGAAAGCAAGAGUCAAUGCAUUGGAAUCAACUGUCACCCAGCAUGAAAUAUCAAGAAAAGUAAAAGAUAAAGAACUUGAAUUUAUGCUCAAUCAGCUAUGUGGCUUGCAAGCUCGCUUCGAGGACUGUGUAUUUAAGAAGAAUGCGGAAUUCUCUGCAAGUACGAUCUCACAAGACGCGCCGAAAAUCCCAAAAGAUGUUUCGAGACUUGAACAGAAACUUGAUACCAUGCUGCCAGAUUUCAAGUCCCAGGUAAAUAACAUUGACUCCAAAGUUGACGGAAUUGAAUCAUCAUUGGACGAUAUCAAGUCAGGACUUGUUGCGCUUCUUCAGGACCGAUUGAACGAAUUGAGGAUCGACAACGCUGAUUUGGAGGAUUAA